GACGAUCAAUCACUUCUAUGUAAAUUUUAAGGUUACCUAACUGUCACAUGAAAUAAAUUCGAAAGCGUAUAAUUCAGAUUUAAAAAAUCCCUAAACUUUAAAAUGGACACCUUAUCAACGGGUUCACUUUCGGGAACACAAAAGGAGGAGUUGAUGGAUCAAGUAAAACAGCAGAUUGCAAUCGCUAACGCGCAGGAACUUCUGACGAAAAUGUCCGAGAAAUGUUUUAAGAAGUGCAUAAACAAACCGGGCACGGCCUUGGACAGUUCUGAACAGAAAUGCAUCGCCAUGUGCAUGGACAGGUAUAUGGAUGCCUGGAACCUGGUGUCGCGGACCUACAGCAGUCGCAUCCAGCGCGAGCGGAACAACAUGUGAAAGCGACUUUAUCUGAAGGGAAUAACUGAUACACCCCUGCGUUUCUGUAAAUAUAGACGAAAAUUGUAGUUCCACAGCAUGUUACAAAUUGUGAGUUGCAACUGCCAGUUGUUAUGUUAUAAUGUUUGAAUAAAAUAUUCUAGGUUAA